UGUCCUGCUCUUAUGCUGAGAGAGGAUACUGCAGGUCGGACUACCCAUCACCUUUAACGCUCGGCCCGAUGGAGCUGCUUAUAUCACCGUAGGCAAUUUGGACAUGAAAUCGAAUGAAAAAUGAGUCCAGAGCACAAACUGCACUCAGAACGAUCUUAACACUGAGGAACUUUUUCUUUGGUCGCUUGGGAUUUGUUCUUAUUCUUAAACAGUGGCUUGAACACAAAAUGAGUAACAUCUACGAGUCUGCUGCCACCACGCUGGGCCUCUUCAACAGCCCAUGUCUGACAAAAGUAGAGCUCCGUGUGGCCUGUAAAGGAAUAUCUGAUAGAGAUGCUCUGUCCAAACCUGACCCCUGCGGCAUCCUCAAGAUGCAGUCCCACGGACAGUGGUUCGAGGUGGACCGGACAGAGGUGAUUCGCAGCAGCAUCAGUCCGGUUUUCUCCAAAGUCUUCACCGUGGACUACUAUUUUGAGGAAGUGCAGCGCCUCCGUUUUGAGCUUCAUGACAUCAGUAGCAACCAUAAUGGACUCAAAGAGGCUGACUUCCUGGGCGCCAUGGAGUGCACACUCGGACAGAUUGUAUCACAGAGAAAACUGUCCAAAGCUUUACUGAAGCAAGGAAACACAGCUGGCAAAUCAUCUAUCACAGUCACAGCUGAAGAGCUGUCUGGGAAUGAUGAUUACGUGGAGCUCGCCUUUAGUGCCAAGAAACUGGAUGACAAGGACUUUUUUAGCAAGUCAGAUCCAUUCCUGGAAAUCUUCAGAGUGAAUGAUGAUGGCACAGCAUCACUGGUGCACAGAACAGAGACCAUUAUGAACAAUCUGAGUCCUGUCUGGAAAUCAUUCAAAGUUUCUUUAAAUACACUCUGCAGUGGAGACCAUGAGCGGGAGUUAAAGUGUACAGUAUGGGACUGGGAUUCAAAUGGCAAGCACGACUUUAUAGGAGAAUUUCAAACCACCUUCAAGGAGAUGAAGGCGGCGAUGGAUGGGAAGCAGGCAUCAUCACAAGAGAAACUACAAACUGAUCUUGGCCAAAAGAUCCAGUGGGAGUGUAUUAAUCCUAAGUACCAGGUGAAGAAGAAGAAUUACAGAAAUUCUGGAAUGGUCAUUCUCACCAUGUGCAAGAUCAUAAAGAUGCACUCUUUCCUGGAUUACAUCAUGGGAGGAUGUCAGAUUCAGUUCACAGUGGCUAUUGAUUUCACUGCCUCAAAUGGUGACCCUCGAAACAGCUGCUCCCUCCACUACAUCCACCCUUACCAGCCCAAUGAGUACCUCAAAGCCCUGAUAGCGGUUGGGGAGAUCUGCCAGGACUAUGAUAGCGACAAAAUGUUUCCUGCUUUUGGCUUCGGAGCCCAAAUCCCACCAGACUUCAAAGUUUCUCAUGAUUUUGCUGUGAAUUUUGAUGAGGACAACCCAGAAUGUGCUGGUAUACAAGGUGUUGUUGAGGCUUAUCAGAACUGCCUCCCGAAAAUCCAGUUGUACGGUCCCACUAAUAUUGCUCCCAUCAUCCAGAAAGUUGCCAACUCUGCCUCUGAGGAGAUGCAUACCAAAGAGGCCAUGGAAUACUUUAUUCUGCUAAUCCUGACGGAUGGAGUGAUCACAGAUAUGGCGGACACACGAGAGGCCAUUGUUCACGCAUCCCACCUGCCCAUGUCCGUCAUCAUUGUGGGCAUAGGCAACGCAGAUUUCAGCGACAUGCAGAUGCUGGACGGGGAUGAUGGAAUCCUCCGCUCUCCUAAAGGAGAACCCGUCCUGAGGGACAUCGUUCAAUUUGUGCCCUUCCACCACUUCAAACAUGCCUCUCCUGCAGCGCUGGCUAAAAGUGUUCUGGCUGAGGUUCCCAAUCAAGUGGUGGAUUACUACAAUGGAAAAGGCAUCAAGCCCAAAUGCCUGUCGGACUUUGAGUCUUCCAGAGCGUUCAGUCCCUGAGCUACGCACAGCCAUAUUCGUCUCAACUUCAAGAUAUCUUCAUUGAUCAUUUCAGAGCUUGCUGCAUCAGAUUAAGAAUCGACAAGCAUCCUUGUUGUUGUUGUUUAGUUUUUUCCUCAUAGGUUUCCAAUAGCAUUGGGCAAAGAUGUCCUUAGCUGUCCAUA